AUGAGAAUGCUACUCAUGGGAAAGUGUGAUGCUUUGGUAUUGUCUAAGAUGUCAAAGUCUCAGUUGCACAUGAGGGGAAAAUCUUUAUGCAGGCUGAUUGUUACAGUUGGCGGCUUCACGCUUUUCAUCUGGUACCUCAUCUAUCGGCACUAUGUGCAAACGCAAGUGGACCGUGGUUCCCCGAUUCCUGAGAGAGAAAUCGUCUGCGGUUCUGCAUUAUCCCACCGUUUGCAGCAGUGUCCACCCUUUAACAAGAAUCCAUACUUGCAUGGUGAAUACAAUGUCAGUGAAGAAACCGCACCUUCUUGGGAGACGAUCUAUCGAAAGUACACUGCCCAGGGGGUCAGUCGAACAGGAAGCGACAACUUGUACUCAGUAAGCUGCAACAGCGGAAGCAACACUUCACAGCAUCCUCCGCCUAUGUGGUCCCCGGCGGAAUGUCAGCCUGAGCAAACAGUGGCUAUCGUUAUCCCGUAUCGAAAUCGUGAGAUGCACUUACGGUCGCUUGUAGAUCACAUCACUCCGAUACUACGCCGCCAGCUCACCAAGUACACCAUGUUUGUAGUUGAACAGGUUGGUGAAACGCACUUCAACCGAGCAGCGUUGUUCAACAUUGCGUUUAUUCAAUCCAACAAGGUGGCCGAUUUCGACUGCUUUAUCUUUCACGAUGUUGACUUGCUCCCACUGCAAGACAAUCUGCCAUAUCGUUGCAAAAAAACGAGGCCUGUUCAUCUCUCUGUAGCAGUCGACAAAUUCGAUUUUAAGCUUCCCUAUUUGCAAUUGCUCGGUGGGGUGGUUGCAGUGUCCAAGGAACAAUUCCUCAACAUCAAUGGUUUUAGCAACUGUUUCUUCGGUUGGGGAGGAGAAGAUGACGAUAUGUUCUACCGGUUUCGGCACAAAGGGUAUUCCAUAUUUCGAUACCCAAAUGAAUUAUCACGAUAUCACAUGCACCGGCAUCAGCAAAGUGAACUAAACAACCACAGGAUGGAGACGCUAGAGAAGUCAGCGAGAAGGUUCGAUUCAGACGGUUACUUGCAGACCAAGUACACAAUCACCUCCGCUAGCACGGUGCAUGCUGGGUUAAUUCAGUGGAUUUCAGUGGACCUGGAUGAGCGGCUUAUGACCUCACAAUGUUUACGAUGA